CUCCAUGUCACAGCGUGGAGACUGUGACUAUUGAAACGUCUUAUGCAGGAUUGAGAUAUUUGUGAGGCUCGGUCAGCCUGUUUCAGCUUGUUUGCCCGUCCACCGCUAUUGACCGUUCGUCGUCGCCGCUCGGAGGGCUGAACCACACCCCGUGUAUGGCGGUGAUAAGCUACGCAGCAUAACUACUCCACCGUGUCUAGGGAUUUCGCAUCGGCAAGCAUGACGUGAUGACGGUCCUCUCGCUCCUUACUUUGCUCUUCGUUGUCGCGCUCUCCUCGUUCACCUCGGCGACGUCGGACUACCGCGAGAGCCUCGACCUCCAACCACUUCCGCAGUCAGCUCUGUUAGCAUCAUUCAACUUUCGAAGCAAUGAGUCCCAGGCGUCCUUCGAUGAACGGCAUUUUCGCUAUUUUCCCCGCGCGCUAGGCCAGAUCCUACAACACGCCAAUACCAAGGAGCUUCAUCUCCGUUUCACCACUGGACGGUGGGAUGCUGAGAGCUGGGGCCCUCGCCCUUGGAAUGGAACCAAGGAGGGUGGUACUGGUGUGGAACUAUGGGCGUGGAUUGAUGCUGCGGAUGACGAAGCAGCUUUUGCGAAAUGGAUCACCCUGACCCAGUCUCUAUCAGGGCUGUUUUGCGCGUCGCUGAAUUUCAUAGACUCAACCCGAACCACCCGGCCUGUUGCCUCGUUUGAACUCAUGGGGGAUCAUCCGGCUUCGAGUAACCUGCAUCUUCUGCACGGGACGCUUCCGGGUGAGGUGGUCUGCACGGAGAAUCUGACGCCGUUCUUGAAGCUCCUUCCGUGCAAGGGCAAGGCGGGUGUUUCUAGUCUGUUGGAUGGGCACAAGCUGUUUGAUGCGUCUUGGCAGAGUAUGUCUGUGGACAUUGCUCCUGUCUGCCCUCGGUCUGGAGAAUGUUCGGUGCAUAUUGAUCAGACAGUGGACAUUGUGCUGGACAUUGACCGGUCAAAGCGGCCACGAGACAAUCCAAUUCCGCGGCCAGUACCUUCUGACCAGCUUGCAUGCGACACGUCCAAGCCCUACCAUUCUGAUGACACCUGCUAUCCUUUGGAAAGCACGUCUGCAAAGGGCUGGAGUCUGACCGAAAUCUUCGGGCGCAGUGUCAGUGGAGCUUGUCCCCUUACCGAAAAUGUCGACCAGGAGGAGCCGGUCUGCCUACGGGUGCCACAUGAGCGCGAGGUGGUUGUCGCUUCGGGCGCCGUGGAGACCAAGAAGCCAGAUGGCUUUACCCGGUGCUUCACCCUCCAGCCUUCUACUCCGUUCGACCUCACAAUCCCUGAACAAGAAGUCACCACACACGUACCGCUUGAUGAGCCCGUUCUGAGCGCAGAGCGGACGAUUGUCGGCCAUGGCCAAGAACGAGGCGGCAUGCGGAUCAUCUUCGACAAUCCUUCUGACACCAACUCUGUCGACUUUAUCUACUUCGAGACCCUCCCAUGGUUCCUGCGUCCGUAUGUCCAUACAUUGCAGGCAUCCAUUACAGGACGUGACGGACUACAUCGGCAAGUGCCCGCCUCGCAGUUCAUCCGAGAAUCCUUUUACAGACCUGCCAUCGACCGAGAGCGCGGAACGCAACUGGAACUGGCGUUGACGAUCCCUCCCGCAUCGACUGUGACACUCACAUACGACUUUGAGAAAGCAAUUCUGCGGUAUACCGAAUACCCGCCGGACGCUAACCGGGGCUUCAACGUUGCGCCCGCAGUGAUCAAGCUAGACGCAGCCAACGGUUCGAACCACCCGAUCUACAUCCGCACCACCAGCCUUCUUCUCCCGCUUCCCACCCCCGAUUUCAGUAUGCCGUACAACGUGAUCAUCUUGACCAGCACGGUGAUUGCGCUAGCAUUCGGCAGUAUCUUCAACCUCCUCGUGCGUCGCUUCGUCACGGUAGAAGAGGCCGCCACGUUGACGGCCCAAACAUUCAAGGGCCGGCUAAGCGGCAAGCUGGUAGCCCUACGAGACCGGAUCAAGGGCAAGAGGGCCAAGACCGAAUAGACAAAGCUCGAUGCAUAUUGAACAUUAUACAAUACAAUACUACCCUUUUCACAUCAUAUCCCAUCAUAAUAUCCGCAUCUCAAACCAAACCAUUCAUAUCAUUUUACAUGACUCAUGAUCAAGCCCAAAGUCGAUAAAUACCCAAUCUACUCCGGAUAAAGACUAAGAGACGAACUCUCAUCAGCCUAUUCCCAACCAACAACUCCAAUCAACCAACCAACCUCCCCCUCCACCCCUCCCCCCCCUCAAAAGAGAAGAUAGAAGAUGGUAGUAAAGGCAAGACAGCUUACAAUCCCAAUUUAUCCUUCAAAAUCCCCCACCCCGGCAACGUAUCCGACCCCCCCGGUUUCGAUCCCGCGAAACUAUGAUCCUCCGUCGCACACGUCCCCUCCCUCUCAUCAUGUCCUUCGUCCCAUCGACUCAUGAACUUUUGCUCCGCGGCGCUCUUUUGUUGUGCGAUGGACCGGAAUUCGGGGGGGGUGAGGAUGUCGGA